AAUUGUCACACUGACAUAUUGUUUACAUAUUUCCCAAGUCUCUAUUUGAAUUGUUCUAUUCCCAGUGACCGAAAAAUGAUGUAGAAAAAAAAUCAUGAUUGCGACGUCAUAUCCAUUUAGUACGUUUGAAUCUUCAACACGGAAUGUUUAUUCCGCCGUCGAUUCGAUACGCAAAGUACGUAUAACACAAAAUCGGAUUUCAGUGUAAAUCAAUAAGUGGCGUUAGACAGUCGCAAAGUUAUUUCUUUUCCCCUUCUCAGAGCAGAGCUGAAGGAAUAUUCAUUUUUACAUUGAAUGACAUCAUCCGUUAACGAUUUUAGUGCAAAUUGAGCAUUAAAUAACAAAACAAAAACAAAUCGAAUGAUAGAAUUUCAAAACGAUGCGAAAUAAAUAAAUACACAAAAUUCAUUUAUUUAUUAUUGUAGUGGAAUUUGAUUGAUAAAUAACAACAAACAUUACCGCUAUUUUAUCAUAACACCUUGAAUUAGAUAUUGUUGACACAGGGUUUAAGUUGUGCAUUCAAUUUUUGAAAGAAAUUUAGAAAAGAGCCGGGAUAGUGACAUUUAUCUGAACAAUGGAUAACGAAGUGGAAAUAAUUGAGCCAGUUGAACGUAGUGUAGAUUUGCGAAGCAUUGACACAACAGACUUCAUGCAAACUGAUGCCAACGAUGCAGAACGAUGUGCUGAAAAGUUUUUCUAUACAAUCAUUGCGCCGAAAAAGAUUCGUGGAAAUUCCAACUAUACAUUUAAUUUAAGCAUUCACGAUGCAAAAUGUGAAUUUGAUGAGCCAGUUGUGGUCCGUGUAUCGAUCGAAGAUGAAAAUGAUGAAAAUGGCUAUAAGAUUCAUCGUGAUGUUACAAUGCAACCAAAUACAACCGAAUUUGUGUCGAUUCCAAUUGGUGAUCUGUCACCCGAAGCAGACUAUAAACUCGUUGUGAAAGGCAUUACUGGUGUUACUCUAGAACGUGAAGUAGAGCUGGAUCUUCAAACUCAAACGCAUACAAUUCUCAUUCAAACGGACAAAGCCAUUUACAAACCAAAUGACUGCAUCAAAUUCCGAGUUUUGGUUCUAAAUUCGGAGCUAAAGGCAGCCACAAUCGAUCAAAAUGAACUGAUUAUUUCAUUCAAUGACCCAUGCCGUAAUAUUAUGAAAAAAUGGAAUGGAGUAAACACAAUAAAUGGUGUUUUUUCGAGCGAAUUUCAACUGUCAGACGUACCAAAUUUCGGUGAAUGGAAAAUCACAGCUGCCAUUGGCGAUCAGGUGAAAAUAGCUGUAAUCGAGGUGGCCGAAUAUGUAUUGCCGAAGUUCGAGACAUUAAUUGAGUCGUCGGACAGUUUUACCAUUACCGAUGAAAAGGUUCGAGCAGUGAUCCGUGCAAAAUAUACACAUGGUAAACCGUUGAGAGGAUUGGCAACAGUCACAGUCACCGAAGACGACCCAUUUGGAAAUUAUUACAUUCGAAAGCCACAAUCGAAAAAAAAUAAACAAGAUGAUGACGACAAUAAUUUGGUGAAAAAGUCAUUCAAUAUCGAUGGCGAAGAAACCAUUGAAUUUGACAUAAAAAAUGAAUUGAAAUUUGACUUAACCGAAAAGGAUAAAUGGCUUGAUGUGAAAAACUAUAAAAUCAAAGUUGAAGUAACCGAAGGCCUAACUGGAUUGACACAAACCACCGAUAAAACGAUCAAAAUUCACAAGAACACCUAUCAAAUUACCACUGAUCUUCAUACCAAUGGACCGAAACGGGACACUCCGUGUGACAUUAAUAUUUCUGUACGAAAAGCCGAUGGCACUGUACUCAAAUUCAUCGAUCCGAAUAAAAAGAAGAUCACAGUGAUCAGAGAACGAUUUUAUACAAACGUUGAUGAAAGCACCACAGACGAAAGUGUCCAUGAAUUGGAUGAGACGGGUGAUGCAUAUUUUGCAAUGGAUGUUGAGAAAAAUGAAUCUAGCUUCUCAAUAAAGGUGAAAUAUGCUGGCCAGGAAACAGAUUUGGGAAUGUUCUAUAGUACAUCGUUCACUGUGGCCGAUCGAAUCAGUUUGCGUGCAAAAGUCUUAACGGAACAAUGCUCCAUCAAUAAACCACUCGAGGUCGAGGUCAUGUCACACUAUCCGUUUUCGUCUUAUACUUAUCUAAUUGUUUGUCGUGGAAAAAUUCUUGAAACAAAGACCGUUGUGCCGGCCUUCACGGACACCGAUGCCAGUGAAUAUACGCAUCGAUUCACAUUCAUACCCACUUUUGAUUAUGCACCACAGGCUCAAAUUAUUGUUUACUGUGUGAGAGAUAAUGCAAUUGUUAGUGCCACACAGACAGCUGACUUGUACGACGAUUUUAAAAAUUUCAUCGAUUUGGAUGUUGCACCAAAUACCGCUAAACCUGGUCAAAUCGUUGAUAUUAAUGUCAAAAGUAAUCCAAAUUCAUAUAUCGGUUUGCUUGGCAUCGAUAAGAGUGUAAUGCUUUUACGUGGCGGAAAUGAUUUGGCCCGUGAUGGAAUCUGGAACGAAUUGGAAUUAUUCAGUUCAGAAGUGAAGCGACGAAGCUAUAUUUAUGAAAACAAAAAAACACGAAAUUGCUAUUAUUCAAAUGCAUGGGAAGACUUUUCAAAAGCCAAUUUAAUCACGCUUACAAAUACUCUUGAGCCAAUUCCAAUUCGACUCUAUUGCAAAAUGAUGGCAUGUGAUGUUCGUUCAUCAUGUUUUUCAGAACCAGAAGGUGGCAAUAAACCAAUAAUUCGCCAAGAUUUCCCAGAAACAUGGAUAUGGGAUUCAAUUGCGGAUAAAAGUUUCAAUGGAUCGCUAAGUCUCAAGCGAAAAGUUCCUGAUUCUUUAACAACGUGGGUGUUAACCGGUUUUUCAAUCUGUCCAAUCAAUGGUUUGGCAUUAACGAAAAAACCAUCGGAACUAUGUGUUCAACAGCCCUUCCAUGUUUCGCUUAAUUUACCAUUUUCAGUGAAGCGUGGUGAAGUUCUAACGGUUCCGUGCUCAAUUUUCAAUUAUUUACCAAAUCAAAUUGAAACCGAAAUCAUUUUCGAAAAUGAGCACAAUGAAUUUGAGUUUGUGGAUGCAAGUGUCGAUGAUAAAAUCUAUCCAGAAAUUAGAAAACAAACAUCUCGCAAAAAGAAACUGACCAUUCUUUCUGAUGAUGCGAUGAACGCAUUCUUCACCAUUCGUCCGACCAAAGUUGGUGUGAUUUCGUUGAAAGUGUCAGCCAUAUCUGAAACAGCAAGUGAUUGCCUGAUCAAGACACUGAAUGUUGAGUGUGAGGGUGUGCCACAAUUCGUGAAUAAGGCCGUAUUUGUGGAUUUACGUGAAAAAUCUCAAAUCGAACCAAUCGAUGUGGCAAUCGAAAUUCCAAAAACUGCACUGCCCGAUUCAACG